AUGAUUCUGCCAGUAGUACUCCUGUGUCUUGCAGCUGUGCUGUGUCCAUCCACUGGAGAGGGCCUCAGCUAUGUUCCUCUACCUUUACUCACAGCCUCAUCCUCUCAACAGAUACCUGAAGCUUCCCUUGCUCUGUCAACCAACAGAACUGAUCAGCAAAAGUUGAUUGUUGACAAACACAAUGCCCUCAGGAGAAGAGUUAGCCCACCUGCCAGUAACAUGUUGAGAAUGGAAUGGAGUCCUCAGGCUGCAGUUAAUGCUCAGAACUGGGCAAAUCGCUGUACUUUAAGUCACAGUCCUCCAAACCAGAGGGAAAUUGGUAAACAAUGUGGUGAAAAUCUCUACAUGUCGACUGCCCCUUCCUCGUGGUCAGAUGCUAUUCAGGCCUGGUACGAUGAGGAGAAAGAUUUCAAAUAUGGAACUGGAGCAACAACAGAAAAUGCUGUGAUUGGCCAUUACACUCAGACAGUUUGGUACAAUUCCUACCAAGUUGGAUGUGCACUCGCCUAUUGUCCUGAAAGGACAUUCAAGUAUUUUUAUGUGUGCCACUACUGCCCUGCGGGGAAUAUAAUGGGUUCAAUUGAAACACCCUACAAAGAAGGAAAACCCUGUGGUGACUGCCCUAAUGCUUGUGACAAUGGAUUAUGCACAAAUCCUUGCAAGUUUUACGAUGUUUACUACAACUGUCCUGAAUUGGCAAAGACUUAUGGAUGUGACCAUAGCUUUGUCAAGAACAACUGCCUUGCUUCCUGCAGAUGCCAAAAUGAAAUAAUAUGAUCAACUCUUCCCUUCGCAGACAUCCAUUUCCUUAGUAACUUCUUUCAGAAAAACAGAGUCUACCCUCCCUUUCCCAUGUAUGCACAAAGACUGACUUCUGCCCAGUGAUACUCAUAAGGAAGAUCUGAAGGCCAAUGCUUGUAUUUUAUCCACAUUAUGCUGUGGAAGUGUAGUGGAGGUGUUAAGUGAAAUUUGUCAUUUGGGUAUUGGACAUACACAGCGAUCAGCUUCUCACACCUUUCUUUUCCCAAACUGUUAUCUAAGGAGUACAAGUGAAAUGU